AUGCACUUCUUCUUCGCCGCGAACAAGCCGCCCCCCAGCGCCAGCCUGGAGCACGUCCAGGAGGACCACGUGACAUUGACCGUGUGUCUGGACGAUGCGCAGACACACAGCGGAGACGUCUUUAGAGCUUCCUUCGAGCUAGUAGGCCCUAAGAAGUAUGCAGGGAAUGUGAAGCUCGAUUACGUCGUGGUGUACCUAUACGGAGUGUACCUCCUAAAUCACGAGGUGGUAACAGCUUGCACCAAUGGGCCACUCAGACACAAGCAAGAAAAUCUGAACCUGCCAUUCUAUGGAACCAAUGAAAACGAUGAACAGAGAGGCUUACUCUUUUACUCCAACCCAAUAAUCCUCUGCACCGAUGUGAAUUUUGGAACCCCCAGUGAGACCACUCACUACCACCUCAGCUGUGUCCUUCCACCAUUCCUCCCCCCGAGUUACAAUGGCAAGGUGAUCAAAUUUAAGUAUUGCAUGUACGUCCAGGCAGUUAAAAGACUCUACAGAAAUAGAACCCAUUUUGUGACCCAACGAUAUGAACUGCAUUUCCCUUUGCGCUUACUCUCUGGUCGAUGUGUCCGUUCCCCUAUCCUAGACUUGGUGCUUUUUCCCAUCAAGCCGAGCGGCUCGCAGGCGGAGGUCGCCACGGAUGGGGACAAUGAGGGAGACCCCCCUGAGUACCUCUACCAUGACUUUCGGGUGCAAGUGGACGAGGGGGGGACUACUCAGGGGGGGACUACUCAGGGGGACCCCUCCCCAGCGCGACCGAGUAAGAAGAACCCCCCAACUCGGGGCAGACUCGAAAGGGUCCCAUUGAACACCCCCUCCAUUCCGACGCACUUGUAUAACUAUGUAGGGAAAACGCCCCUCGACAGGCUCCUCUGUAUAUACCUCCUCUCUUCACAGAGAAAGGAGGACUCGUCUCUCUUUCUCCUCAGCCAUAUCAUGCCUAACUAUAACUACUUUCACUAUAUGCACCUCUUUCUGUACGUGGUUCAUCAUUGUGAUUACUACACGGGGGAGCUUUCCCUCAAUGGGGACGCCCUCCGUAUUGGAAGCCUCCGCGCCUUCUUCUCCAUGCUGCGCUCGUUUGGCGAGUAUCCCAUAGAGGCCGUUCCUCGGGGGAGCACCCCAGAUGAGCCAAACCAGCGGCACGACACCUACACCGGAGAGAAGACCAACCCUAUGGAAGAGCACCUCUCCUCCCCCCAGUGCUCUCUCCAAAAUGACGACAACGAUAUGCACAAGGCUUACUUCUGCAACUACCCCAACUUUGUCUUCAAUGAGAUAAACUACGUCCCCAUACAUUGGUACGACAAUUUGGUUCUUCACCGACCGUCAAGUUCGCCUAUCGAGCUAUCUGAUGAGGAAGACGUUUCCAAUCUAUACUUGGGAGAGAUCAGCUCUGAGUGCAGCAGCUCCUUUGACGGAGCCAACAUGGGUGAGGAGCGGACUACAGAGGGAUGCGCUUCAUCUGAAAGGAUGAAGAGCCAAACGGUAGAAGAAACCUCUCAUCAGGGGGAGAGGCAUAAUGCAACCUUGCCUCAACAGAGGAAAGAGGGGUUCCUCUUGGAUAAAGCAUACACCACGGUGGACACCAUCGUGAAAUGCAUGCAUGAGGAGGACAUGUUCAGGCGAAUCAACACUCGGAAGGUAAAGCCGCAGCGGUUGUCUCCCAACGGGGGUGGCGACUCAACCGACAAGGUAGUCGUCUCCCCAGAAAAGAAGCUAAGCGGAAAGGACAACCAAACCGAAAAGUCACCCAACAAAGACCCAUCGCAAAACAUUUAUCGAAUAAACUCGGGUGAAAAAAACAUAUGUCUGAUUACCUUGAUGGAUGGACUGGACCAGCAGCUAACCGAUACCUUCCCGUGUGGUGGCAUCAUCAACGUGAGGCUCCACUUCGGGGAUGCAACUAUCUUCACAGUGCAUGUGGAUAUACGGCUGAAGAGGGUCGAACGGGUAAAGAUAGACCCCAGGCUUCUAACACUGCAGAGGAAUACGCUACAUGAUGAGAAUGAAAUCCCAGAUGAGGAGGGGAACACUUCCGUCGACUCGGAGGGGACCUAUCAUCAUUGCAUCUCCAGCUGCAAAUUGAUUAGUGAGAGGAAUAUCUCUACUCUUCACUGCUCCGUAAAGAAUGUGAGCUUUGUUCUUGGUGAAGACGUUGUUCCUUCUUUUUCAAAUGACACAGUCAGGGUUGGCUACCUCCUCGACUUUGACUUCUUCUGCCUUCCCAAGAGGGACGCACCGAACAAAGGGGGUGAAACAGACAGAGACGAAACAAACAAACGCGACAAUCUUAAUGAAGUCAAUGAACAGAAGGGAUCCAACCAAUCGGGCACGACCAACGAACCGAACGGAGCCGAUCCGCCAGGCGGAACAUACUCUGGCUCUCUCUCUCUGAACGAAUUCCUCGACGAUAACAUUUAUAGUCUCACCUUUCGCAUCCCUAUCCACAUCACCGAGCGAGCACACGGCAUCUGUCCGCACGAUGCCAGCAGUAAUAGUAACCCCACCUGCCACGCUAAAGGGAACACAGAGGAGGGGGGAAUCACCAGCCAGCUCCUCUUACAAAACAGCCACAAGUUUCUGUACGCCGAUAGGAGGCAAUUCGUGCGCACCCUGAAGAUGUGA